GAAGGACCUAAUUGAAUUAUCUUCUGAUCGGGACUGUACAUGUGCAACCAUGCUGCUUCACAUCGUUGAGGACUCAAGUCUCACCUCAUCUACGGCAAAGACAAAAGCAAAACACUCACAAAGGUCAAGAAUAACCCAAAAGUAAGUGUGACGGUUUAAAAUGUUUGCUGCAAGGUGAUUGAGUCCCAUACGUACAUUUUAACCUUUAAUUUCACCCGGCUGCGAACUUGCAGAGGCGGUUUUUUUACACCGCUACAGAGACUUUCUGUAAAAUCUUUAUCCAUCCAAAAGUCUGAUUAUCAUUCAUAUAAAGCUGGUGCCCAUCCUUGUUUAAGUUCUCCCUCUGAAACUACUCUGAAGAUCUUUCAGAUAAUUCACUACUCCGCAGUCGUAUACACAUUAUGGUUAGUGUGAAGGGUUUGUUCACUGCUGGUGCCCUUGUGGGCUCUGCUCUUGCUGAGACACAUGUAUACAACUGGACUGCUGCUUGGGGUACUGCCAAUCUCGAUGGUUAUGAGAGACCAGUUAUCACGUGUAACGGUGAAUUCCCAUGGCCAGAUGUCAUCGUCAACAAGGGUGAUAGAAUUAUUGUGCACUUGAACAACGGGUUUGAUGAUAGAAACACUUCCUUGCAUUUCCACGGUUUGUUCCAGCACGGUACUAACCAGAUGGAUGGUCCGGAGAUGGUCACACAAUGUCCUAUCCCAAUUGGACACUCUAUGACAUAUAACUUCACAGUUCCAGACCAGCACGGUUCUUACUGGUAUCACUCCCACACAGGUGGUCAGUAUAUGGAUGGUAUGAGGGGUGUUGUGAUUAUUGAGGAUGAUGAGGGUUACCCAUAUAAGCAGGGUAUCGACUACAAUGAGACUGCGACGCUGACUUUCAUGGAGUGGUACCAUGAUACUGCUGAUGUCCUUAUCCCAGACUUUUUGAACUUGUACAACCCAACAGGUGCUGAGCCAAUUCCAAAUAACUUCUUGAUGAACAACACUAAGAACAUGACAUGGGAAGUUGAACCAGACACCACCUAUCUCUUGAGAUUGGUGAACAUGGGUGCCUUUGUUUCAUACUGGUUCUUCAUUGAAGGUCAUAACAUGACUGUUGUUGAAGUGGAUGGUGUUCCAGUUGAGAAGUAUGAGACUGACAAGAUCUACAUCACAGUUGCUCAACGUUACACUGUUCUCAUCACAACUAAAGAUGACACCUCCAAGAACUACGCCAUCAUGCAAUUGGUUGAUGAUGGUA